AUGACAAUUGCAAUUUUUGCCAGCUGUGCAUUCUUUCUGAGAAUGAAAAAGUUAACAAUUCUGGAAAAGAACAGACUGAAAAGAUGCAUUAAGGAAAACGGUGGGCAGAUUUCAUUUGGGUUAAAUCAAGAGUGCACUCAUGUUGUCUCUGAUGAUGCUGAUGCACUCAGCCCCAGUCAUCUGAAAACCAUCCAGAAGUAUCAUCUGCCUGUGGUAAAUGUUGAUUUCAUAUGGGAUUCAAUCAAAGAAAGAAGACUUCUGCAGUUUGAGAACUAUGAGCUAUCCCAAACAGUGCCCUGUGAAACAGGUAUGGAGACAACCUUAACAAAUGGAGAUGACAGUCCUAAGGAAAAAAGCGUUUCUGAGGAGAAUUACGAGCAUGAAUGGGAUGACAGCAGAAACUUAGAAAAACUAAGUUGGUUUGCAGAUAACGAUGAAAAUAUUCCAUAUUUUCCUUCAGAGUUUGAGGUUGCAAAAUAUGAUGUCCUUGAAAAGAUUGCAGCACAUGGUGAAUAUGUUGUUCUUGAAAUACAAUGCUUUCAGCAGCAGUGCAGCUACCCAUUUUGUGUAAGUGCACAUUACAGCAUGCUGGAAGGACUCCCGGACCAAAAACGACUGAUGCCAGUGAAGACUUCUGAAGAAGCUAGAAGGAUCUAUGCCCUUUGUAUUCAAGAUCUAAAGAAGAUGGAUUUUGAAUUAAGAAAAGACUUUCCAUACCAAGCAGAAUAUUUGGCAUCAGAAAAAUUGCAAGAGGUGUUUAUAGCAGAUGCAGCCAAUUCCAGCGUUUUGUCUGAAGCAGUUGGUAGGCUUGUGGAACUUAUCUGGACAGAAGCAGUCGGACACCUGGAUGACCUGUUAAAUAAGCCUGUAACAAGCAUCAGUCUCAAUGAUGUGAGCAGAGCUGAAGGCAUCCUUCUUCAGGCAAAGGAGGCCCUCGAUAAAGGAAACUCUCCAACAGAGCUGUCCACAAUCUUAUCAGAGUUCUACAAACUCAUACCCCAGAAAAACGUUUUGCAUGAUGAUGCUAGCAAAAAGUUGUUAUCUAAUAAGCAGGAUCUCUGCCAGCUGAUUAGAGAUAUGCUGAAUGUUCAUGAAAUAAACACGUCAGUUCUUAGCUCAUCAUCCCUUUCUAAGUAUCGGGCUUUGAGAUGCAGGAUUGAUGCUCUAGAUGUGGAAAGUGAAGAAUUUCGCAAUGUCAAACAGUUGCUGGACCAAAACACCAGUGAAAAUCUAAUACAGGUUUUGCAGAUAUAUAAAGUCAGCAGAAUAACCGAAAGAAUGGCCUUUGAAGGAAAUCUUGGCAAUGUUCAGUCUUUAUUCCAUGCAUCAUCUGCUUGCAACUUUGUAGGAAUCCUGUCACGAGGACUCCUUCUGCCAAAGAUGAUAGUUGAAGACUAUGGCUUAGAAAGAACAGAUAUUGGGUACUUGGGCAGUGGCAUUUAUUUCAGCAAUUCCAUAAGGACAAGCAUUAAGUACUCCCACCCAUGUGAAACAGAUGGAACUCGACUGUUGGUCAUUUGUGACGUAGCACUUGGAACUUGUUGGAAAACAAACGAGUGGCACAGUUGCUAUAUAACUGAAGCACUAUCAGGUUAUGACAGUAUGCAUGGAGUCAGUAGGACAAAAGAUGACACAUCUGUUUUUGAGGAUGAUGAAUUUGUAGUGUACAGAACCAGUCAGGUCAAGAUCAAAUACGUGGUUCAAUUUUCUUGUGUUAAUGACAAAGUAAAAGAAUUCCAGCCGAUAAUUCAGACUGAAUUAGAAAACCAGAUGCUUUCUCUCGAGCAUCAUGACCAGCCUAAAGAUUAUACAGUACCAAGCCAUGGUCUAUUGAAUGAUAUUUCUGCUGGUCUCCUGGACAGAGCUGGAAAUCCAAUUCCUCUUAAAGAUAUUCGAAUCAAGGGAAGAAUAAUAGAUUUUGUAGCAGAGGUUGUGGUGUUUCAGACCUAUGAAAAUGAAACAAGGAGUCACAUUGAGGCCAAAUAUGUCUUUCCUUUGGAUGACACAGCUGCUGUAUGUGGAUUUGAAGCGUUCAUUAAAGGAAAGCAUAUCAUAGGAGAGGUUAAAGAAAAGGAAAAGGCACAUCAAGAAUACAGAGAGGCCAUUGGUCGAGGAGAUGGAGCUUAUCUGAUGGAUCAGGAUGCACCUGACAUUUUUACUGUUUCUGUUGGAAACUUGCCACCUUCAACAAAGGUGCUUAUCAAGAUCACCUACAUCACAGAGCUCAGUUAUGAGAAUGGAAGCCUUUGCUUUCACUUGCCAGCUGCUGUGGCUCCCUGGCAACAAGACAAAGCCCUAAAUGAAAACACACAGGAUUCAGUAAGGAAAAUUUGCAUUAAAGAAGCAGAAGCAAAAAGAGAGUUCAGUUUAGAAAUGUCCAUUGAAAUGCCCUUCAAAAUUAAUAACAUUAGUAGUUGGACACACCAGCUUAAUAUCAAGAAAACAGACUGCAAAGCAGUGGUUUGUACUACUGAAGGCAGUUCCUUGGACACUAGUGGCUUUGCAUUGGAAAUCCUGAUUGGUGAUGUAUAUUUGCCCAGAAUGUGGGUAGAAAAACAUCCAGAUGAAAAUAGUGAGGCUUGCAUGCUUGUAUUUCAACCAGAGUUUGAAGACCCAUUUGAUCCUUUAAGCCUCCACGGUGAAGCUAUUAUCUGCCUAGAUUGCUCCAAUUCCAUGGCAGGUUCAGCAAUCCAGCAAGCCAAGGAGAUUGCAUUACAUGCUCUAAACUCAUGUCAUUUGACAAGCAAAAUAAGUGUUAUCAAAUUUGGGACAAAUUUUGUGGAAUUUUUUCCCAAUCCUGAAGAUUCUCCAAUGAAUUCUACAGCUUUAAAAGAGUGUAUCACAUCAGCUACAGCUACAAUGGGAGACUCCGACUUAUGGAAGACAUUGCAUUAUCUGAGUUUGCUUUACCCUACUAAAUGCAAGCGCAACAUUAUUCUUAUAUCUGAUGGACAUAUUCAGAAUGAAGGCAUGACCCUGCAGAUUGUGAAGAAAAAUGCAUCCCACACUAGAUUAUUCACAUGUGGAGUGGGUCCUACAGCAAAUCGUCACAUGCUGAGGUCUUUAUCCCAAUAUGGAGCUGGAGCUUUUGAAUAUUUUGAUGUGAAAUCAAAAUAUAACUGGGAGAGAAAGAUGAAAAGCCAGACAACUAGAAUGUUUUCUCCACAGUGCAGUUCUAUUUCCAUUGAAUGGCAGAAUUACUUUAUAGAAGAUCCUGCACUUAGCUGUGCUCCUGCUCAGAUACAGUCUCUAUUUAACCACGAGUGUCUUCUAGUUUAUGGAUUUAUCCUCAAUUGCACACAGGCCAUUCUAAAUGCAUUAGUAGAUAAAAAAGAAUUGCAUACACUGGUGUCUACAACUGAAUUGCAGAAGACCACAGGAACUAUGCUCCACAAACUUGCAGCAAGAGCCUAUAUUAGAGAUUAUGAACAAGGAAUGCUUGAUGAAAAGGAAACAGAACAUGAGAUGAAGAAACAACAGCUGAAGUCCUUCAUCAUUGAGCUCAGCCUGAAGAACUCCAUUGUGACCCAGUUUACAAGCUUUGUGGCAAUUGAAAAAAGGGAGGCAGAUGAAGAUCAAAGUGCUGAUACUUUAGAUGUCUUGGAGCCUAUAGCCAAAGAAGAUGUAGAUAUUUUACCCUGCAUGGAAUAUUCAGUAACAGACUUUCUGGAUGAUACCAGUAUAUUGGAGAAUUGUUUUGCAUCUGAGUGUGAUUUUCUUGGCUUUGCAUCAAAUGAGAUUAGCAUGUGCGCCAUGAAUGCCAUUGAAGUUCAUUCUCAAGAUGGUACUUUUGGCACUCAAGUGCAGGAAAUGCCUGGAGUCUUCUUGCCCGAGUCACUCACGGAAGAAAUUGCUUUAGAAAAACCUCAGAGAGCCCUUGCUUGUAAAACAAAAAAGAAAAUCAUUCGUAAGUCCCAGGCUGCCUUUCAGUCAGAAGUGGAAAUUUCAAAAUUAGGACCUGCAAAAAAAUGGAAACGAUCUGCUUCUUGUAAAAAACUGAAAACUGCUUCUGAAAUGAAAUUAAAGACAACUCGUUAUGCAGCUAAAUCUUCAGAAGAGCAUUCGUGCAAGGAUACAUAUCUCAGACUGUUUAGGACACCCUUAAGUUCUGUUGACUGGCCUCAGCUCUUCAAGCUUCAAAAUCAGGAUGGAUUUUGGCAACUUACCUCUGAGCUUGGGAUUCUUUUAGAUCUUGAUGUGCAUCAUUUAAUCUAUGUUUCACUUGAAAAAAAAGGAAUCCAGUCACUUGGUCCAAAAGGAAAAGAGAAGUUGUUGCAGUUGAUUGCUACCCUUUUGGUGCUCCAGGCUGUAUAUUUCAAACAACUGGAAGGUCUUAUCUUCAAAUCUCUAAUGAAACUGAAGGACUCUCCCCGCUCAUGGGCACUUAACCCAGUAAUGAAAGCAAUUGAAUGGGCAAACAGAACUAACCGCGAAUUUCCAGGUAUUUGCCAGCGUCUUGAGCUUGGAAAAGAUUGGGAUGAUGCCACUAAAAGGCUCCUGGGUAUUUAAGUAAUGGAGACAACAUAUUUUAUCCUUCUCCUAGUAACUGAACACUACUACUUUGACUAGCAGUAAAAUUGCACUAUCACUGAUUAUUUAAAAUUAUAAUUAUGCUGGUUAUUCAACUUAGUACUUUUUAUUUUCUUCAUAUAUUUCAUUAAGUAGCAUUGACACUCUAGGUUGUAAUCAAGAAUACAUAAGCGUAUAUGUACUUUUUAUUCUCUUUAUAUAUU